AUGCAGAUCCCUCCACAAUGUUUGGUGCCUGGUUUGCGCAUGUGCUGGUGGACUUUCCUCACUCCACGGGGAAGUAGUCAACUACUACUAAGUCACUGGCGGUGCGUACAGGGUGGGAAGCAAGGGGGCCGCGGCCGCCCUGAAACUUUUACAAGGCGCCCCGAAGCUUCACAAAAACAAAAACCUUAUUUACCUGACGAUACGGCUCUUGAGGCCGAGUUCGAGAGAAACAAGUACCUGUCCGUGGCAAAACGCCUUCAGCUAUCCAGGGCCCUGCGGCUGACGGAAACUCAGAAUCGCCGUACGAAGUGGAAGCGGCGCUACACGGGGGAGCUGGAGCUCGCGGCCCAGCGCUACUGCGCAGCCGUGGGCGCCGCUGCCGCUCGCCCUAUCUUCGUGGGCGACCGCCUCUGGUUCUUCCAUUAUCCCGCUGGAGCACUGCAUCCCACAGGCAUGCCGCUGGGCGCUCCCGCCCUGGGCCCAAUGAUGCCACCUCCAGCACCACCGCCGCCCACGCUUCUGGGACUGCCGCCGCCUCCACCGCCCCACGGCUCUGUCCCCACGCCCCAUCCGUUCUUGAUGUCUGCCGCAUCGUACCCGGGCGCAGGCGCAGAAGUUGCCUUACCCCCAAGCACAAGGCCAUAGCGGAUAGAAAUAUUCAAGGAAAAGUGUUUGAAAGAGAUUUGUUAAUUAAGUUCUACGAAUAUAGGGAUAUAACACGGGGUAGAGGGAAAUUAGCAAUUUUUUGCCCGAAUGGAAAUCUGAGAGACGUUAAGGGAAUUGUAAAAUAUCAUUGAAGUAGAUAUAUUUCAGGAACUGAAAGUUCAGCAUCAGCUCUACUGGACAAAGGAAAAGGGACCUUGAGAAAAUCCAAGUAGAAAAACUAUUGCACCAGCUUUAACAACCAAAUAGUCAAGGGACA